ACAAUUCUGCCGCCGCGACAAACAAAAAUCCAAAAUCCAAAAUAGUGCCGAACUGAAAAUCCGUUGAUAUAUUAAAAAAUACCUACAUCUACCAUAUUCGAUAUAUCAAUAUAUAAUCAACGUCGCUAGUCAAACAAUUCAAUCCAGUAAACCGUAAACCGUCGUCCAUUUCUGUGGUCACAUUUGCAUAUUAGUGUUGAACACAAAACGAAAAACGUCGUAGAAUAGCGUUUGGCGAAUGUUUAUGCCAUUUGUUGAAACGAAACACUCGAAAUCAAAGGAAAUUCGCGCGAGAUGCGGAAAAGCCAAACGGCGGCGACCAUUGUUUAUGUGUGUAGCAGCGAAAUAAUCGUCCGAAAUUAAUGAGAAAUAGUGCCCCCCGCAGCAAGUGCAUAAAUAGGUUGCCGCACAAAUCAUAUUCCAUUAGAGGUUUAACACAAAGAUCGUCAAAAUUAAUUUCCGUCGCAUUAAAAUCUUUACCUCAAAACUGGAUUAUAACCGAUCCGUUGACAUUGGCGUGCAGCAGGAAAACAAUUCGGGGGUAACCAACAAAAUGGUGAAACGCACCGACGGCACAGAAUCUCCCAUACUGGCUGAAGACGGUGGCGAUGGACACGACAAACCACGUUUGCGCUAUGGAGAAUUAGUUAUACUCGGCUACAAUGGCUACUUGCCACAGGGCGAUCGCGGACGACGACGCUCCAAAUUUGUGCUCCACAAACGGACAGAGGCCAGCGGCGUGAAGCGCUCCAAGCACUAUAUCGUCCAAUCGCCACAAACAUCGAAGGCCAUUCUGGAUGCCAAUCAGCAUUCAAUCUCGUACACGCUCUCACGCAACCAGGCGGUUAUUGUUGAGUACAAGGAGGACAUGGAAACGGAUAUGUUUCAGGUGGGACGCUCCUCAGAGUCCCCAAUUGAUUUUGUUGUGAUGGAUACGCUGCCGGGCGACAAGAAGGAUGCCAAGGUGAUGCAGAGCACAAUCUCUCGGUUUGCGUGCCGCAUCCUGGUCAAUCGGUGUGAGCCUGCCAAGUCGAGAAUAUUUGCCGCCGGCUUUGAUUCAAGCAGAAAUAUAUUCCUCGGGGAAAAGGCAACCAAGUGGCAGGACAAUGUGGAAAUCGAUGGCCUAACCACAAACGGUGUUCUGAUCAUGCAUCCCAAAGGAUCCUUCUGUGGCGGCAAUGCAAAAUGCGGCCUCUGGCGUGAAUGUUCCGUGGGUGGGGAUGUCUUUAGCCUGCGCGAAUCGCGUUCUGCCCAGCAAAAGGGCCAACCGGUCUAUGAUGAAUGCAACAUCCUGCAGGAUGGCACACUUAUUGAUCUCUGCGGUGCCACGCUUCUAUGGCGCUCCGCCGAGGGCUUGCAACACUCGCCGACCAAACACGAUUUGGAGAAACUUAUCGAUGCCAUCAAUGCCGGUCGUCCACAGUGCCCGGUGGGCCUCAACACGCUGGUCAUACCACGCAAAGUAAACAUUAGUGAUCAGGUGAAUCAGCCUUAUGUGUACUUAAACUGCGGCCAUGUGCAGGGUCAUCACGACUGGGGUCAGGAUGAGAACACUGGCGCUCGACGUUGUCCCAUGUGCCUGGAGCUGGGUCCCGUUGUCACACUCUGCAUGGGCCUGGAGCCAGCCUUCUAUGUGGAUGUGGGUGCCCCAACGUAUGCAUUCAAUCCAUGCGGACACAUGGCGACUGAGAAAACUGUCAAAUACUGGGCUAAUGUUGAGAUACCGCACGGCACCAAUGGCUUUCAGGCUGUUUGUCCUUUCUGUGCGACGCCGUUGGAUGGCGCGACUGGCUACAUUAAAUUAAUAUUCCAGGAUAAUCUAGAUUAAAUAUACGUAUACAUAAAUAUAAAUAUAUAAAUGAAAAUGAUAAAUGAUAAACAAUUGUAUUUACGUCUAUAUAGAUAUUUGUAGUAAUUGAGCGAUGUCCAAGUUUGAAGCAGGCAUUAAAACUAGGCUUUAUUUAUUACCAUUAAUUAAUAUUUAAAAUGCAAAUCAGAAAACGGAAACUGAAACUGAAGCGUAUUUCUGCUAACUGAAAACAACUGAAUUGAAUAAGCAGCAACUCGAAGCAAAGGAUUUGUAUUUUGUACUUGCACUUGCUGUGACUGCUAGCAACUCUGAUUACCGAUUAUGUGUUUCUCGAUUAGUUUCGACUGCUGCUGCUCUUUAAUUGCUGGAUUAUGUUUGCCAAAUCAUCAUAGCAAAACCGUUUCCCUCCCCUUCAAAUUGCAUGUUCAACUCUGAUGUUUGUAUAAAUUAUUUUGAAUUAAUUGAGGCAGCGAUCAGCAACUAGCAAACAGGAGAAAGCACUUGCAUAAGUUGUCAUAAUGGAGCAUAGGAAGAGCAUAUGAAUGUAAAUCGCAGAUAUAUAAGCAUCAUUAAUUGUGUAUAAUUGUGUAAAAAAAAA